AUGGAGGUGACAUUUGGCGCCGUUGGGGACUUUAUCUCCAUCGGGGUGCUGAUCAAGGAUUUCAUCGAACUGCUCGAUGACAGUCGAGGCUCCGUUUGGGAAUACAACUCGUUAAAGCAACAACUCAUCUUUCUUCGACUGAACUUGGAUCUCGCAAAGCGCUCAUACGAUGAGCACUAUAACGCACCCCAGUUCCAGGAUAUUCGGACCACGCUGGAGAGUGUCGUGGAUGAGGCGGAGAGAAGGCUAGAGGGUAUUGCAGUCAAGGUAAAAAAAUACACAUCAACUCUGUCUAAAGACUCGACCGAGAGACGGAUAAAAAGACUUGCAAGAAAAGUUCAAUGGAGUCUUGAAAAGAAGGAGACGGAAAAGUUUUUGUUGGACCUCAAUCGGUACACAUCCAUCAUCCAAUCAUUGCAAUUUGAUGGAUUUACGCGUUUGAUGGCACACAAACUUGAUAGUAGCCAGAAAGACCAAAACGAUACCCAAAAGCUUGUGAGCAAGCUUCAAAAGGACUUUGACGAUCGAUUUACUAGCCUCGAGGACGAGUUGAGAGCUGCCAGAACUAAUUCUGCCAAUACGCAACAAUAUCUACUUGACAUCAGUGUGGUCAUCACUAGGCGACUCGACAUAGUCACACAAACAGUUAACUCUCUGGGUGUUGCUGUACUGAGAGGUGUUUCAGGGUUGUCUUACCUUGGGACAUCCGUUUUGUGCUUACUAUCCACAAUGCAUAGCAACAUUAUAGGUCGUCUCGAACGCCCUCCCCAUAUGGGCCCUUUUUUUACGUUUGAGGAUUAUCUGGGUGUUGAUUCAAUCAUAUUACUCAACUUUGUGGAUUCCUGGAACGCCUUUGAGGGAUCUUUACAUGGCAAGUUCAAGGGUCGAAAGGGUGGCAGACGAGUGGCCCAGAAUCGAUUCCUGCUGCAGGAUCAUCAAACCGGAGAUGAGAUUGAUCGUGAUGUUCAUUGGAACUUAGCUAUCACGCCAGGGUCUCGGAUCAACAUGAGUUUGAUUUGUGAGGUUAAGGAGGACGAGGAUGAAGCCCAAUCCCUCAAGUGCCCGUUUCCAUCAUGCGGAGCAAUGUGUGAAGGAGUUAUAGGGACAGUAAUACAAUGCCCUUCAUGUCAGCAAUUGUUUCGAAAACUACCAGGAAUGUCUGAUGACGAAGACAUUCCAGUAGCGCCCAAUGCUCCCGAUUCGGGAAUUAGGGAUCCAAGCUUGAAGUCGGAAAGUAACUCGUCUGAUCUUGGUCAGUCUAGCAAGAGAAAUGGAACCCCUCUAGACAAACGAAGAGCACUACGGUCCAAAAGAAAGCCAAAAGACGCACGGAAUACUGAUUCUGACUCGGACGACGCCGACUUGACCGGGAUCAAGCGAGUGACUGUACUACCAAUAUUGCAGCUUGCUGUACGACCAACUCCACCAAAAUCCAAGGCAAAUCGAAAGCUAGAAGCUUCAGCGCCACAGGUUGCUUCCGAGGAACAGGGAAAGGGCCGUAACUUAGACAAUGUCAACAGGAGUGCUAGCGUUGAGACGGCAUUAGGUACCAUCAAGUCGCAACCCCGGGGAAAUAAUAAAAGAGUCUCGGAGCUACAGUCUGAAUCUCACGAGGAAAAGCUCGGAGCUGCAUCUAUGAGCGGUAUGCCGUACCAGCAGAUUGACGGCCACAGUGGAUAUCCCGAUCACAAGAUUCCUGGCCGAGGCGCAUAUACCUAUGAGAGCACGUUGCCCGGUGAUUCCAUAUCCAAAGGCUCUCGAAAGAAGUACACAUUGGCACGAGUUCCGCAUAGAUCAUCACAAUUCCGAAAUACGAUAUCUAAAGAGGAAAGGAAGCGCUUGAAAAGGUAUUUGCGAAAUCCCCCGAUGGCAACAGAAGCAGAUGCAGAGGAGCACAAAAUCCCCGCUGGAUAUUCCUUGAAGAAGUGGGACCCAAGAGAAGAACCAAUACUGCUCCUUGGCAGCGUUUUCGAUGUUAAUUCUUUAGGGAAAUGGAUUUAUGACUGGUCUGUUUACGCACAUAAACCUUCGACACCGAUAUCGGAUAUGGCUGGAGACUUUUGGCUGUUGCUCAUUCAGCUGGCCGACAGAUUGAAGAGAGCGGAAGAUACAAUAGAAAGGAUCGAGUCAAAGGACUCCAAGGAGUUGGUUGAGGAAUAUAUUGAGGCAGGGGAGAGGUUUUGGGCGAGAUUGCGGUCGCUGCUAAAGAGGUGCGAGGCUCCCAUGUUGAGAGCGUACAAGUUCGACGAAGAGGACCCCAAAAACACAGUUAAUCAGAAAGGGAAUACUGACGAGAACAACAAUGAAUCUUCACAGGAGGCCAAGAGCAAAUCAGACGCCUUAAACGAAUCUGGAGAAACCUUACCUUCAAGCGAAGGGGGUACUAUCCAAGAGACGGGAAAGACGAAGCAAGAUGUCGAGAAAAGUGUUGGUGUUGCUUUCAUUCAGACUAUAUUUGGCAAAGGUGCGGAGUUAAAACGGACUGAGAGGUUGAUGCUGAACAUGCGGCUUUACAACCUGAGGUUCGAUGCCAAUUGCGAGGAGGUACUAUCGAGCAUUCAACCCUACAAUUUCUUUUGA